UAUGUUUCGUCUCCGAUAGGACGUCACUUCCGUUGGAUAAAAAAAAAGCACGUGUGUUGACUGGAACUUUGGUGAGAAUUUCCACAUUAGCUACUUUAUGAAUUGUUAAACCAACUAGCUAGAUUAAUAGUACAUUUCUAACAGGUCUGUAUAAUAAACUAGCACAGAUGCCGAAAGUGAAGAAACCCAAAUGUGGAGGUGGGGAGAAAAGUGGCGACGGAAUGGUUGCGCUUGCUGACCAGAUUCUUCAAGGGGAUAUGGUUCGAGUACAUGGCCGAGUGAAGACCAGGGAUCAACGGGGAGAAGAUGAAGAUGAGGACGAGUACGUGGACGAACGCCUAUCAAGGAAGAUCCUGGAGCAGGCACGAAUCCAACAAGAAGAACUACAGACAGAAUAUGGUUUGGCACCAGAGGUCAAGAAAAAGCAAGCCACUGUUUUAGGGCCAGAUUCUCAGGAUGCAGACUCUGAUGAGGAGUGGCCGGCACUGGGUGAAGCCGGGGCCGGUGAGGAGGCAGAGGCUAACUGUGGUACAGAAGUGGUGGUGGACCCAGAGGAUGAGAAAGCUAUGCAGAUGUUCAUGAACAAGAAUCCUCCCAUGAGACGAACUCUAGCAGACAUCAUCAUGGAGAAGAUCACAGAGAAGCAGACAGAGGUGGGGACAGUGAUGUCUGAGGUGUCAGGAAGACCCAUGCCCCAGCUGGACCCAAGGAUCAUUGAAGUGUACAAAGGUGUCAACAAGGUUCUGUCAAGAUAUCGUAGCGGCAAGCUGCCCAAAGCUUUCAAGAUCAUUCCAGCACUGUCAAACUGGGAGCAGGUUCUGUACUUGACAGAGCCUGAGACCUGGACUGCGGCUGCUAUGUACCAGGCAACAAGAAUCUUCUCAUCCAAUCUGAAGGAGCGAAUGGCCCAACGGUUCUACAACUUGGUGCUACUGCCAAGGAUACGAGAUGACAUUGCAGAGUAUAAAAAACUAAACUUCCACCUGUACAUGGCCCUGAAGAAGGCUCUUUUCAAGCCAGGGGCAUGGUUCAAAGGCAUCCUCAUCCCGCUCUGUGAAUCUGGAACAUGUACUCUGAGGGAGGCUAUCAUCAUUGGCAGCAUACUCACUAAGUGCUCAAUCCCUGUACUGCACUCCAGCGCUGCCAUGCUGAAACUGGCAGAGAUGGAAUACAAUGGAGCCAACAGCAUCUUCCUGCGACUCUUACUGGAUAAAAAAUAUGCCCUGCCCUUCCGUGUCCUGGAUGCCCUGGUCGGCCACUUCCUGUCCUUCCGCAGUGAGAAGCGUGUCCUUCCUGUGCUGUGGCACCAGAGUCUGCUUACCCUGGCACAGCGCUACAAGGCCGACUUGGCAUCCGAACAAAAGGCUGCUCUACUGGAGCUACUUAAGGUGCAGACACACCCCCAGAUUUCUGCAGAGAUCCGCCGGGAGCUGCAGAACUCAGAGUCCCGUGAUCUGGAAACCGCUAUGCCAGUCACAAUGGCCAUGGACUGAGUAUGGAGCUGAGCAAGGCUGCACCCUCUCAGUCCCCACCUUUCCCCUCUUUCUCCCCAACGUACCAUCAUUCACUAAACUGCCCACAACACAUGCACAUAUGAACUGUUUUUCCCCUGCCAAAUGCUCUAUCAUUGCUAUGGGAGAUAAGAGUAAAGGCCACGAGAUGGAUUACAGAUUAACAUUCAUUCAACAUCCUGACUAUCAAAGUGAUAUUAUGGAAUUCCUUUCUGAUGUGCAAGUGAGGAUGUCAUUUACAAACUGAAAUACAUAAAUGUUGUAAACAGACAUUACAUUUAUUGAGUGGAAAUGAUAGAGAUGUGUUUGCCAGUUUUGAGGCAAUGUCGGUUUCACAAGUAAAGAUAAUGUAUAGCUGACUUGUUUGUAUGACACCUACAUUUCCAAAGGAAUUUAGAGAAGCUACAGCACACUGACCCUUUUGGUGGAAAAAAACUAUUUUCAAUGAGUGCAUGUUUGUAACAUGGUUAAGUAACUUAAUGAAGGAAAAUUAUACAAAAUACUAUUCAAAUGUUACUGUAAAAAUUAACAUUUUGAAUAAAUUAUUUCCUUGGUUUAAAGUGAAA